UUUACUGUAAACAGCUUCAUAUCUUUACGUUUGAUGGUAGUAGACCAAUAACGUGAAACCACGAUUGCAAUGAUACUAAAAGACGAUGUGGAUCGUGGAUGAUGGUUGUUUACAAUUUGACACAACUGUUCAAUUUUCGACGUCAAGAUAGAUGUCUUUUUUAAUUGUCAAGUCAACUUUCGAAUUAUAAAUUUUAGUGUGUCAUUUCUUUGUAAAAUUGCUAAAUUCAUUUUGGUGGAAGAUAUGUUGAACUAUGCUAUAUUGUUAAUUUUAUUAGAUAUAGUUUUUGAUGCCGUUGGAGGAAUAUCUCAGUCGGAGAUUGAGAAGCAUUUGGAGCUUGGUAAUGAAUUUCUUGCUCAAGGGAAACUCGAAGAAUCACUUACAAAUUACCAUGCGGCCAUAGAUGGUGAUCCUAACAAUUAUUUGACUUAUUUCAAACGAGGAACUGUAUAUUUAGCUUUAGGAAAAGCCAAGUUUGCUCUACUUGAUUUUGAAAGACUGCUAGAACUUAAACCUGAUUUUACUGUUGCAAGGUUGCAGCAUGGUAAUAUUUUAUUAAAACAAGCAUUAUUUGAUGAAGCGGAGCAUGACUUUACGAAUGUGCUUGCGUUAGAACCAAAUCAUCAUGAAGCCUUAAAUGGAAUUUCAAAGGUGGAUGCUUUAAGAAACCAAUUAGAGAGAAUAGAGUUUUUAGUAAGUAAACGAGAAUAUAGUGCAGCAGUCGAACUUAUCACUGCUGUCAUUGAAGACUGUCCGUGGUCUCCAUAUCUUCGACAACUCAGAUCUGAAUGCAAUGUUGCUCUCGGCGAAUUUAUGAAGGCAAUUGCAGACAUUCGAUCUACGACUAAGUUAGUGUCGGACAAUACACAAGGUUUUUACAGCCUCUCGCUAUUACUUUAUCAGAUUGGAAAUGUCGACGAAGCUUUAACAGAGAUUAGGGAAUGUCUCAAGCUGGAUCAUGAGCAUAAAGAUUGCUUUCCACUUUAUAAAAAAAUUAAGAAAAUUGCAGCAACUUUGAACAAGGCAAAGAAUGCGCGAGAAGUAAACGAUCAUGAAGAGUGCAUUACUUUAGCUAAUCGAGUGCUUAAGGAGGAAAGCAAAGAGUCGAAUGUAAGAUUUUUGGCCAUGGAUUUACUUUGUGUAUGUUACACUGGUAAUAACGAAAUUAGUGAAGCAAUUUCAAGCUGUAAUGACGCUUACGAUAUACGAAAAGAGCCUGAAAAUAUUUGCAAUAGAGCUGAUGCUUAUCUUGCCGGGGAAAUGUUUGACGAUGCUAUUCGAGAUUUUAAGGAGGCAUUAGACAUCGAUCCGAAUAUGCAAAGAGCAAAAGAUGGCCUUCAACUAGCACAACAACGCCAAAAGUUGUCCGAGACACGGGACUACUAUAAAAUUCUCAAUGUUCCACGAACAGCGUCCAAGAGAGAUAUUACCAAAGCUUACAGAAAAGCGGCGCAAAAGUGGCAUCCGGAUAAUUUCCAAGAUGGCGACGAAAAGAAGAAAGCGGAGAAAAAAUUUAUAGACAUUGCCGCAGCUAAAGAGGUUUUGACAGAUGACGAGAAGCGAGAAAAGUUUGAUAGGGGCGAGGAUCCUCUAGACCCAGAGUCAGCAAAACAUUCUGGAUCAAAUCCUUUCCGUGAAUUCCAUCAGUUCCAUGGUUCACCAUUUCAAUUCAAAUUCCAUUUUAACUAAAUUAAAUAAAUGGCAUCAAUUUUUUAUUGCUCAUCGCAAAGUUAUAAGAACUUUGCCAACUAAUCGAAGCAUUCUGAUCUUACUUUUUCUUCACUCGCACAGGACUUUUAUACAAUUGAACAAAAAGUUGGAUUAGAAUUUCUUCACAAAUAAAGCAACAUGGUUUUUAUAAUUAAAAUGUUAACGUAUUUUACAAGGCAGAAAAGACCAUUUUUCUAAGCUAUAGAGAUUCAAAUUCUAAUACAAUUGUAAAAAUAGUUAAAUUUCUUUUCAUUUCAGUAGUUACGUCUUUAAUUUUUUUCUUUUUUUUUGAAUGAAUUGAAUAAAAGAUAUAUGUAUUGCAUAGAAAUGAUCACAAAUGAUAAUUCUUAUCUGCAGCGCUCUGGAAAAUUAAUUUGAGUAAUUAGAAUUUUUUUGAAUUCAUCAAAUUUUAAAUAUUGUCUGUUAAAUAUUUUUUUAGUUUAUUUUUUAGUAAUGCUAACAUGCUACAAGUAAUUCGUAAUAUUCUUAAUUAAUUAAUUAAUUAUUACUGUUAAAGCUAGUAUAUUGAUUUUUAUAAUCCUUAAUAAUUAAUAUUCAUGUGAACGCAUUUUAUAAAUAAUUUUUGUAUCAAAAAUUAGAAAGAAAGAACUAUACUAUAAAUAUGAACUGUAAAACAUGGGUGUGGCAAAAUUAUGGAAGCCUUUUAAUAUUUUUAGAUAUAAUUUUUAAGCCAAAUAAAUUUUAUUUGCACAUUUCGCUCCAAAAUGCACACUUCCUAAAUAUUUCAGGAGUUCCAUACUUUUGCUAUACCCUGUUAUUUGCGAGAAAUGUAAGUAAAAUUAUGUGGUUUGUACAAAAUUUUACGUUAAUUUUCAGAUUUCAGUUUUUAUAAAAUUUAAAUAUUCUAAAAGUAAUUAGAGGUAUUAAUAGAGAUAGGAACUUUGUGCUCGAGCAUAAAAGCACAAAUUUCGAAAAUAUUAUCUUGCGUGAAAAUUCACAUUAAACAUAUUUUUCAACAAUAAUAAUUGCAAUUUGCAAAGGACUCGAAAACAGGGUUUCUACUAGCCGGGAAUUUUUUCACUAAAUUAUAAAAAAAAAAUUAUUAUUUUAAUUUGUUUUUAAAAAAUCGCUUUUUAUUUGAAUUUUUAUAGAUAUUUAUACUGUUCUCUAAAUUUAAAUUAGUUAAAAAU